AUGGAUCAAAAGUUCUACAUUCCAAGCCCUGGUGGUGAAUAUUUGUGCUCCUUUGAUCUCAACUUCAAGGAGAAGGACAAACCUGAACUCGUUAGCUUGUGGACGAAGCUUCUUCCUCAAAGUAUGUUGCACAAUAUGGCCGACCUUUUUGCGAUGACCAGGACAGACCACCUGGUGGAGUCACCAUCCGGAGAGCAAUUCCUCAUCAAGUGGUAUCCUGAUGAGCUUCGGCUCAUGAUCCUAAGGUACUACGGAGACGACAUGAAGAAUUUCAGCGGUGAAAAAUUCGAGCACAAGACAAAACGGUUCUUGGUGUUUAAAGUGGAAGAACCAUCAACGGAUGAAGAAAAAAAAAACUUGUCUUACACAGAAAACAUUGGAGAUCUUUGUAUCUUUCUUGGACGUGAUGAAGCGUUCUGUCUACAAGCAAGCUUGUAUCCAGGCCUUAAGCCAAACUGCAUCUAUUUUGUGGGUUAUAACUAUGGAGUUUUCGAUAUCAACACACAAAUUUGCAAUCUCUUCUCCACAGAGGAAGGUUCAUUAAGAUCCACUGGCUUCCCUUACUGGCCUCAUCCACUUUACAUCCCUCCUACUUAA